GGGACACACCCUACUGCCGCGACGCAAACAGGGCGUUGUUCCCGUUAAAGGGGAACGCCGGGAGCCUCCCACUGCCCCCUUGCUUUGCGCGCCCGCAGCCCCGCAGUGCAGCUGUCUUUGGGGACUCCAGCAAUCCAGGGACCGCACCGAGUUUGUGCCACCGGCCAACUUGAUCCAGAGCAACUAUUCCUUGGGGCUCAAGAGGAACUCCGCUGAGCACGUCUCGCUGCCACGAUGCUCCUCCUGUUGCUGGGAAUCAUUGUCCUGCACGUCGCAGUGCUAGUGUUGCUGUUCGUCUCCACGAUCGUCAGCCAAUGGAUUGUGGGCAAUGGACACUCAACUGAUCUCUGGCAGAACUGUAGCACUACCUCUGGAAACAUACAGCAUUGUUCCUUAUCGUCGGUAAAUGAAUGGCUGCAGUCUGUCCAGGCCACCAUGAUCCUGUCCGUCAUUUUCAGCGUCCUCUCUCUGUUCCUGUUCUUCUGCCAGCUUUUCACCCUCACCAAGGGAGGCCGCUUUUACAUCACUGGAAUCUUCCAAAUCCUUGCUGGUCUAUGCGUGAUGAGCGCAGCAGCCAUCUACACGGUGCGGCACCCUGAGUGGCAUUCCAACUCCGACUACUCCUACGGCUUCGCCUACAUCUUGGCCUGGGUGGCCUUCCCCCUGGCCCUUCUCAGUGGUGUUAUCUAUGUGAUCUUGCGGAAACGUGAAUGAGGUGCCCUGACUGUCUGUCUGAGGCUCUGAGCGUAUACAGGGGAGGGAGGAAGGAAACAAGAAAACAAGAAAAACAAAAGCCAACAAAAAGAGCUAGCCAAAUGCCCAAACUCCAGCCAAGCCAAACAGAAAGCAGUUGAGGGGGGGUUGCUGUUGAUUGAAGAUGUAUAUAAUAUCUAUGGUUUAUAAACCUAUUUAUAACACUUUUUACAUAUAUGUACAUAGUAUCGUUUGCUUUUUAUGUUGACCGUCAGCCUCGUGUUGAACCUUAAAGAAGUAGCUAAGGAACUUUACAUCCUAACAGUAUAAUCAAGCUCAGUGUUUUUGUUUAGUUUCUUGGUCUUUAGUUUUUCUCCAAAAUAAAAUAACUUGAUAUACAGCCCCUUCCCCUUCAUUUGAAAUCAGAUACCUCCCUCCCAAUCCACUUCAUAGAAAACCAAAGUGUGGGGAUAAACCCCUAGUGGCUAAAAGCCCUUAGACUGUGGGCGACUCAGUGUGUCCACCAGAAGCAUCCACUGCCUGAACCUCUGUGUGAAGCUUAGGCAAGCACAGCUAAAAUGCCCAGACUGGAGCCCUCAGCAAAAACAUGGUUGUGGCUUUGGAAAACUUGCCCUUGCAGGUAGAGGAUCUCGGUCACUUGUCUAAAUGAAAAAUCAGUGACAGCAAAUCUGUGAAAUGGUGCUAUGGAUUUACCAUUCCUUAUAUUAUCACUAAUCAUCUAAAUGACUCACUGGAAAUUCAAUUAACAAUUUUAUGCCAUAAAGUAGAAUGGAGACCUAGAUAAUUUUUGUGUAAUAUAAAUGGUUAAUAACCGCUUUUGUACCUAGCUAGGCUGCUGUUCUUACAAUAAUGAAUAAAUCUUAAAGUCUUUAUCACACCCACAUUUUUGUUAUGGUCAGAGCAUCAGGACAAGUGUCUAGACCCUUGGGACUGUAAGUUCCCAGGGCUUAGGUAGGUCUAGAAUGUUCUGUGCCUCCAAGGACUGUCUGGCAAUGACUUGUAAUUGGCCACCAACUGCAGAUGUAUAUAUGGUGCCCUUUUGAUGCUAAGACUCCAGACCUUCAUUUUUUUUGCUUCGCUUUUUCUGAUUUUAUACCAACUGUGUGGACUAAGAUGCAUUAAAAUAAACAUCAGAGUAACUCACUGA